AUGGAAGGUGAAGGACAUUGGCAAACACUCGAACAUGACAAUGACUAUGAAAUCUUUUCAGAGUACCCUUAUCCAAUUAGACGUAUAAGCAAUAAAAGAGUUGUUAGUGAGUUUGACCAAGGAGAUGGUUAUAUUUGUGUAAAUUUAAACAAACACAAGCUGAUGAAACAUAGAAUAGUUGCAGAAACUUUCAUUCCGAACCCUGAAGGACUUCGUGAAGUAGACCAUAUAAACAGAGACAGAGGAGACUUUCAUAUCUCGAACUUAAGAUGGACGACAAGAAGAGAAAACAUGAGAAAUAUUUCUGGUUCAAAUGGCUAUUUCAUGGGAACUCAAUACAGACGAAUGAAUGUCUUAAGACAGUAUAACAAAGAUUAUAUAAACAUUACAGAUGUAGAAGGAAGAAGAACAAAGCUGUCUAUUGCAAAGUUUAAGAGAGACAAUGGUUAUACAUAA